AUGCGUUUCCUCGCCCUCCUCACUGUAGCACCUCGGGCGUCGGCGAUGCUGGACGUCCUAGCUCGUGAAGCAGGUCUUUUGUAUUUCGGUACUGCGACUGACAAUGGGGAGCUGAACAAUACGAAAUAUGUCAAGAUCUUGAGGGAUCAGAAGGAGUGGGGGCAGUUGACGUCGAGUAACGGGAUGAAGUGGUUUGCAACCGAACCCGAGCAGGGCGUCUUCAACUUUAGCAUGGGCUCUGUCGUCGCGGACUUGGCUGGAAAGGAUGGACGCUUCCUCAGAUGCCACACGCUUGUCUGGCACAGCCAGCUUGCACCGUGGGUGGCAGCAACGAACUGGACGAAGGAAACGCCUAAGGCUGCGAUGGAAGGGAACGAAUGGAAGGGCAGAGAUGAGAAGGAAGCAGCCUGA